CCCCGAGCCACGUCGCGCUUUACUCGCCAUUUUCCUCAUCUUCUGAAGCCAGAAUCGGUCUGUUCUGGUGUCACAGUGUCAUUCAGCGCUGUCAGGUCUUCAACUAACUGCAGCCGGAGACGAACUGAAGCUCCCUACAGAGUCUUUUAUCGGUUUGCUUCUGCUGGAGCUACCAACAAACAUGAACAUUUUCAGGCUAACCGGCGAUCUGUCCCACCUAGCAGCCAUCAUCAUCCUGCUGCUAAAAAUAUGGAAAACCAGGUCUUGUGCCGGUAUCUCUGGAAAGAGUCAGGUCCUGUUUGCCUUGGUGUUCACCACUCGUUAUCUGGACCUGCUCACCUCCUUCAUCUCUCUCUACAACACCACCAUGAAGGUCAUCUACAUUGGAUGUGCAUAUGCCACUGUGUACCUGAUCUACGUUAAGUUCAAGGCGACUUAUGAUGGGAACCAUGACACGUUCAGGGUGGAGUUCCUGGUUGUCCCUGUUGGUGGCCUGGCUUUCCUGGUUAACCACGACUUCUCUCCCCUGGAGAUCCUGUGGACGUUCUCCAUCUACCUGGAGUCUGUGGCCAUCCUGCCCCAGCUUUUCAUGAUCAGCAAGACGGGUGAGGCCGAGACCAUCACCACCCACUACCUGUUCUUCCUGGGACUCUACAGAGCCCUCUACCUCAUCAACUGGAUAUGGAGGUUCUACUUCGAGGGAUUCUUUGACAUGAUCGCCAUCGUCGCUGGAGUGGUGCAGACCAUCCUCUACUGUGACUUCUUCUAUUUGUAUGUAACAAAAGUACUGAAAGGAAAGAAGCUGAGUCUGCCAGCCUAAGUGCCAAAGAGGAGUAUUUUGGCAGACUCAAAGCGGGGGAUCGGAGGGGAGGUGGAGUGUUAGUGGACACCUCUGACACCCCCCACCCCCACCCCUCCACCACCACUUCCUCCUCUUCCCCUCCCGCCAGAGUAAGAUGCCUGAGACAGAGAGCGAGUGGGAGCUGCUGACUGCAACUUCCUCUGAUCCAGAAUCAGUGGAAUCAGAUCACCUGCAGAGGCUGGUCCAUGGCCUUUGGAUUUCUGUUUGACGCAUCUUGCCUUAACUGUUUUUUAUUACUCUGUAUAAAGGAAGAAAAAAACAAGAAAAGUUUUCUACAUAAAAACGCGUACUCUGAAGAUUCGACACAUUGGUGAAUAAGAGGUGAAGAUAUAAAAUGGCCUUUGAUUUGGCAUUGUAUGAUACUGAAGCGGACUUCUUGUGGUGGGAUAUUAUUGACUCGAGCGUUUGUAAUAGUAUUUGCAAUGGAAAUAAAUGUGCAUUGUUUUUCCUGAGUCAAGGUGGGGAGGAAUUUGUUGAAUCCUCAUAACUUUGGUGGGCAAGUCAUCCAUGUUUUGCUCUUCUGUUUUUGAGCAGUAUGCAUUCCCAUGUGUAAAGACUAUCUCCUCUAGUUUCCCAAGCCUUUGGUAGAAUAUAAAUCUAAGGUAUAUGCCAUAAUUUAAUGUUCUUGUUUUUUUUUUAAAGGAACCCAGACAAUAACAGUAACCUGACACCAAUGAACUCUCAUCACUGUAAAUGGCUUUUUUCAUUUGUAUACCCCCAUUCAUUACCCAACAAAGAUACUUUAUCACCUGUAAUUACACAUCAUUGCCCAGCCCACGUAUUUCAGGUGGUUCCUUUAAAUAUUUGAGAUGAAUAAAUUCACUGGUAAUGUGCUGUAUGUGACGUAUCACUACAGAGAUUUCAUAUUUCUUUUAGGUGCAGAUGUAUUUAUUUUUUAUCCUCCUGGUUUCCAAUAAACAGAGUCCGUAGAAUUGUCCACCUGUUGUGCAUAAUUUUAACCUCGGGAAUGAAUCUGUCUGUUGGACACACAAUCCUAUGAACACUGUUACAGUUAGUCCUCAAUAACUCUCAAGACACAUCUGCUUCCAUUUUAAUGUUCAUACAGAUCAUUCCAAGUUUCCUUUUUCAUUUCUUACCAGAGCUUCUGCAUGAUGUUGCCACCACAAAUAAAGACUUAAUGGGAAA